AUGGCCUUCAACUGGAGUUCAGACCUCAUUAGACAACAAAAAUGUUAUUCUGGAGAAAUGUUUUAUGUAAAUAGUAAAGGUGGGAAGGCCUCCAGGCAGAACACUAAGUUUGCUAGACAACAGAGAAUCCACACUGGAGAAAAAAUUUAUGAAUGUAAUCAAUGUGGAAAGGCUUUCACACAAAGGGGCAGUUUUCAUGAACAUCAGAGAAUUCACACUGGAGAAAAGCCUCAUGAAUGUAAACACUGUGGAAAGGCUUUCACAAAGAGCUGCAAUCUUGCUAUACACCAGAGAAUCCAUACUGGAGAGAAACUUUAUCAAUGUAAUCAAUGUGGAAAGGCUUUCACACAGAAGGGCAGUCUUGGUGAACAUCAGAGAAUCCACACUGGAGAAAAACCAUAUGAGUGUAAACACUGUGGAAAGGCUUUCACAUUGAGCUCACAACUUGCUAAACAUCAGAGAAUCCACACUGGAGAGAAACUUUAUCAAUGUAAACAAUGUGGAAAGGCUUUCACAGAGAGCUCCAACCUUGUUGUACAUCAGAGAAUCCAUACUGGAGAAAAACCUUAUGAAUGUAAUCAAUGUGGGAAGACUUUCACACAGAGGGGCAGUCUUAAUGUACAUAAAAGAAUCCACACUGGAGAGAUACUUUAUCAGUGUAGUCAGUGUGGAAAGACUUUUGGAAGUAGUUCUGAUCUUCGUAAACAUCAGAGAAUCCAUACUGGAGAGAAACCUCAUGAAUGUAAUCAGUGUGGAAAGGCUUUUACACAGAGAGGCAGUCUUGGUGAACACCAGAGAAUUCACACUGGAGAGAAACCUUUUGAAUGUAAACAAUGUGGAAAGGCUUUCACAGGGAGAUCUAACCUUGUUGUACAUCAGAGAAUCCACACUGGAGAGAAACCUUAUGAAUGUAAUCAAUGUGGAAAGGCUUUCAGAGAGAGCUCCAGUCUUGCUAGACAUCAGAGGGUACACACUGGAGAAAAAUCUUAUGAAUGUAAACAUUGUGGAAAGGCUUUUACAACAGGCUACAAUCUUGCUGAACAUCAGAGAAUCCAUACUGGAGAGAAACCUUAUGAAUGUAAUCAAUGUGGAAAGGCUUUUACACGCAGCUCCAAUCUUAGUAAACAUCAGAGAAUCCACACUGGACAGAAACCUUAUGCAUGUGGUCAAUGUGGAAAGGCUUUCACACAAAGGAACAAUCUUGCCAAACAUCAGAGAAUUCAUGAUGGAAAGAAACCUUAUGAAUGUAAUCAGUGUGGAAAGGCUUUCACUCAAAGCUCCAAUCUCGCUAGACAUAAGAGAAUCCACACUGGAGAGCAAGGCAUGCAAAGAGAAAGUCUCCCCACUUUGAAGAUCCUCCAUGAAGAGGUCCAAAGCCUGGUCCAAGGAGAGAAUGUGGACCCAGAGGGAAUGACCUCUGGUUCUCAGCAACCCCCAUCCCAGGAAUUGGUGACCUUCAAGGAUGUAGCUGUGGACUUCACCCAGGAGGAGUGGUGCUUGUUGGACCAUUCUCAGAAAGAACUAUACAAAGAAGUCAUGCUGGAGAAUGUCCGGAACCUGCUUUUCGUGGAGGCCACAUUUGAAGUGAACGAGACUACAAAGAUGAGCCUUUUGGGGAAGGAUCUGGCUAGUAGAGAUUCACGAGAGACGAAGAGAAUCCGUGACUCCGACAUCCCUGUAACAUGGAGUCAGAUAGAAAUCCAGCAUGACUGUGAAUCUGAUGAAACUGGGAAGAGAUUCAGACACGAUUCGCUCCUAAAUCACCAAGAAAGUAACCUCAAGAAACGAUCGUCCUCAGGGUGGUGA